AAGUUACAACUCAUCUUGUCAUGAAAUUCGGUAAAUCCAUACGUAAAGAAGCGCGAAAUAAUGGAGGCUUGGCUUUUAUCAAUUUUAAACGUUUAAAACGCAUUUUAAAAUUUUGGACAAUAGCAGCCAAUACAGGCCAAUGGGAGAUUGCCCGUAAAGAAGACGAAAUAUUUCAAAUCUUUUUAAAAUGUGAACUACAGCGAGUUCAUGAGAGUUUCGAAAGGGAAAUGAAGGAAAUUUUAUCAAUCCUUGUUUUAAUUCAGAAAAAUUUACCCAUAUUAAAAGUGGAGACAAAUUCACCUUUUCUUCUUAAGCUGCUUCGUAAAAAGUGUCAUCAACCUCUUAUGAGUUGUGAUAAAUUAUGUAAUAUUCAUCAACAAAUUAACGAAAAUUUAUCCUCGUCCCAGUCUGAUGAAGUCAUUGCAUUAUCAAAUUUCUGUAUGAAUCUUGAAAAAAUAUCAAAUUGUUGCAAAAAACUGCGCCGUUGUGUUCUUUGGAAUGCAAUAGCAAUUGUCAAAAUUUUCAAAAAAAGACAAAAAAAUGUAUCGUGUGAAAUUGCAACACGGGCAUCCUUUACUCCACUGGAUACAGCUGCUGCUGUGUUAGCUAAACAAGAAUGGUACCGUUCUUCUGAGCUAGCCUCUGUGGUAUCUAUUGUUGAUACCAAAACAGAUACUCUUAUGCAAAAACUUACGGGAAAGCCUCCAAGUCGAGACCAAUAUGAAUGUCCUAUCUGUCUAGAUGUUAUUUUGGAUCCAGUAUCUUUACGGACAUGCGGACAUCGUUUCUGCUGGGCCUGUCUGUGUAUGACUUAUUGCGAAAAAUCUGAGGGUGCUUUAGAAUUGUGUCCGUACUGUAGAGCCGCUUUCCCGUAUGUUCAUUCUCAAUUUCCAUUUCGUUUUUUUUUUAUUAUAAUUUUAACAAGAUUGGAUCCGAAUGCUUUUGUUGUGGAUGGUAUUCUUCAAAGAUUUUUAAAAACAUUCUUCCCCAAAACACAAUCCAGUCAGUUACGAGAACAUCGCGAAACGUUGCGUCAAAAACUGCGUCAGCUUCGCCAUCAACAAAUAAAUGAAAAGGAUGAUCACAGAACUAACUCGCCAGCAGAAUUAUCUAAGAAAACUAAGGCGACAGCGAUAAACUCUUUUCGUCAGGAAACAAAUGAUUCAAUAGUGCUUACAAAUAACAGUUCUUUCUGUAAGGAAGUUUGUACAGAUGAGUUAGUAAAUUUGGAAGACAAGAAGAUACAGGAAAAAGGAUACACCAUAUGCUGCACUCCAUGUGACGAUAACAAGGAUACAACUUUGUGUAGUGUGAACGUUUCGUCACAGCUGUCAUCUCCUGUGGAGAACAAACCAUCGCACUGUUUCAAAGAAACAUCUUGGAUAUGGUCUAUGGAAACAUACAGAAAAGAAGGAACCUUUUGUUUUUCUAAACAAAACAAGGCGAGUGUUACAUUGUCUUUGAAUACAUGUGAAUCCAGUACCGUACCACACCUUCAUGAAAAUGCUAUGAAUGACAUCAAUUCUAGUGAUCAAAUGUCGCAUAAAUCUGGUUUCUCUUCCAAUCAGACCCAAACGAUAACUCCAAAACACCCCAUUUCUGAUACAUCGUUAUCCAGCUCUGAAAUCAACACAAAAAAGCUUUAUUCAUGCAAUGUUUUCAAGCAUUGUGAAGGAAAUCAAGAAGCAAUACAACAACAUGCCAACAUUCUUGAUACUAUAAAUACACAUAUAGAUUAUUUGAAUCAAAGAAAUUCACUCGUCGUAGAUCAAAACAUUUAUGACGCUGAGACAUUAACCAAUCAAGAUCCCAUGAAUUUCUGCACUCUCCAUUGGACCGUGUCGAGCGAUACGGAUUCGACCGAUGAAAUUACAGACUUUACUUUCCCACAAUUCCCUACUUUAAAAGAUUCUUAUUUUUACUCCUUUAUCGAAAUGAACCCACAACAUCUUCAGCAUUCAACUAUUAUUUUGCCACGUGCGUAUUUCAGUAAAACCUCCGCACAAAAUUAUGAUUUAACAGGAUCUUCACAUGAGUUGGAUCCUAGUGAUACCGUGACGCUGCCUUAUUAUGUUUAUGAAGCUAUUGAUGAAGAUGAUGAUGAAUUUGAGGAGAUUUAUAUUCAACAGAAUCAAUUUCAGUAUGUGACCUAUAAGAAUUCAAAUCCAUUAAUAAGGUGUGAUCGGAUUCUAUGUACCUAAUAUUUUUUAUACGUCACCUAAAGGUCAUAGAAUUAUGGAAUGUAAAACUAAGAUAUGACAUAAAAAAUCUCUUUUUUUUUUUUGUAUUAGACAUGUCACAUGUGGAAAGUGUUUUUGAUUUAACUCUCAGUUUUUCUACGCCCACAAAAAGUAUACAAAGGGUUUAGAUUUUAUAAAUAGUACUUUUCUGUGUUACACGUUCAAAUUAUCGUAAAUACAUUUUUAAUCUCUUAAAUAAUUUUGGUUUCGAUUUCAAGAGAAUAAACACAAUACCAACUAAAUUAGAU